UUUCGCGCAUCAGUGGCCACUCCCUACAUCGUGUAGUGUAUCUGUGUGGGCGCGCUCAGUUCGUUCUGAGUCCUGACCGAUCGAAAGUGCCACCAGCCACCGCAAGAUAAGGUGGUCCCAGGAAUCCGCCUGCCUAUCAGCGACUAUUGAGCGCUUUAAAAACCCAGUUUAGACCAACGUCGCAACCUAUACAAAUCUUCCUUUUUUUUCUACAUAGAUAACAUCUCGUCAUCAUGUCGAACCCGUUGGAUACCGAUGCCGGCUCGGAGCUGUUCAGUAGUUACGAAACCGAGCUGAAGCUGAUACAGGCCGAUCUGAACCAGACAUUAGACCAGAUCGCUGAGUCGAGUGGAGAGCAACGGAAAUCAACAAUAAGGAAAGCGGAACAGCUGCUAGAUGAAGCUACUGAACUGUUGGACCAGAUGCGCAUGGAGAAGCAGAACAUCCCCUCGGCGGCACGGUCAAAAGUCAACGCACGAUUUCGCAAUUAUGCCACGGACCUUGAUGAGUCGAAACGCAAGCUCAAGUCUCUUUCUGACGACCGGAAAGCACUCUUUGGUGAUCGCUACACCGACGACCCGCAGGAUGUACACUUGGAGCAGAGGCAGCAGCUUCUGUCCGGCACGGACCGCCUGGAGCGCAGCUCUGCCAGACUCCAAGAAAGCCAGCGGAUUGCUUUGGAGACGGAGGAUAUCGGCCGCAACACGCUAGCAGAUUUGAAUCAGCAGCGGGAAACCAUCAUGAAUACUCGGAGCAAUCUGCAGCAAAGCGAAGGAUAUGUUGAUACCAGUAUCAAAACAUUGAGGGGCAUGGCCCGUAGGAUGGCUACGAAUCGGAUAAUUACUAUUGCGAUUAUAACCGUUUUGGUUCUCCUAAUUGUUGCCGUUAUCUACAGCAAGUUUCAUUAAGCGUUAGGGCUAGCAGGCGUUGUGCGGGAGUUCUUCGAUUUUACUUUUCAUCUUACGAUACAGUGUCUGCUG